AUGAUGGAGGUGGAAUCUAGAUUGAGUUUGCGUUGGAGAGUUGUUAGGAGCGAAAGUUUGGUGAAGGUGAGCCGUAUGAGAGUUCACGCCCCCCUCACAUCCCCUCCCCACCCCCGGGGCGCGUCGCCCCGUGCUCGUCGGUUGAACUUCAGCGGCAUUUUAGCGUAUACGAACGACGACGGACGACGGGAGCUAAAUAUAGUAUCAAGGAGGCGUCGAAUGAUCCAGAUACCGCGAGAUUGUCGAGGACAUAUCAAAUGG